GAAAGUAUCUUCGUCGACGACACCGAUCACAUCGCUAAUUUGCAUUACAUCCAACAUGGCAGCUAGUCGAGGCAUAACUCCUUUUCCAACAGUACUGUGAGCGCUAAAGAUAUGAGAUGCACCUGAUUUUUUUGCAUUUUCGUACAUAACUUUCGCCACCUGAUCCGGUAAAUAACGCUCAUAGGCGUUGUUUUCCACAUGAAUCACCUUCUUUAAUCCAUCCACGGACUUGGAGGCUUGUUGAGCGACUUGAGACGCAUUGGGACCCAUAACAAAGGCAAAUACAUCUCCUCCAGUGCGUUUAGCAGCUUCGAUUGCGGAGAGCGAAGCUGGUUCAGGCUUUCCUUGUUGGUAUUCCAAAAGAGCAAAAACAUUGAAGUAUCGUCCAUUAAUUCUCUGGUGAACAAAACGAGAUGAAAAAAGCGGCCUUGAAAACGACCGAUAUGCGAUUCCAAUCAUGAUAACCUGCCUUUGGUGGUGUGUGUAAGAAGCAAAGUCGCGAAGUCGAUAGGAAAGCGUAACUCUGGAGAGACAGGUAGAGAAAACUCAACGAGAAGGAUUCAUUCUAAUGAUCGUCCUGAGUAAGGUGAGAUGAAAGAACAAUCAAUUUGCAAAACAGCACCGUGCUUGAUAUUUCGUUUACCGAAUGUGAUGUUUGUGAAUUAUGAUGGCUCUGAAGUUCUUGCAAUGCCAUAUCCAGAGGACAUAAAGGAUAAACGAAUAGUCUUUGUCAUUGUCUUCAAUUUUUCACUGGAAAGAAUUAUGUGCGUAAAAAGAUAUGCCUAAAAGGAUGAUCAAACUUUGUUCAUUAGUUGUCCAAUAUAUCAGAAUCAUAGGAAUGCAACAUCGAGGAAGCGGCUUUUUUUUUAUUUUGUUAAAUAAAGUAAUCAUUAAUUCGAAUAUUCAUGAAGUUCACCCUUUUUUUUUCUGUUCUUUACGGCUUUCUUUCUCUUUUGUUUUGUUUGUUUACAACAUAACGAGGUUGUUUUACUGCGUUAAGCAGAAAAUUUGAUAUUCUUGCAGGCAAUACGAGAAAGCAGUUUUUUGUCUAUAAACUCUGUUUUGCUUUUGUUAUUUUCUUUCCUUUUCAUUUCAUUUCAUUUCUUCUGUAGUCUGUUUCAAUAGCAUUAAACAAAGUUUCCAGGGAAUCACCCUUAGCAGAAAUACAAAUUUAGAUCCAUGCUUAUUCCAUAAUUGUUUGUUUGUUUACCUUACAAUAUUUUCUAUUUCUCUUUAUAGCUUCCAAUCCAAGGUGCAACUGUUUACCUACAUUUUAUUGUUUCACUAUUUCAUGAUGGACCCAUUUUCCACUCAAGGUCCUUCUAAAAGCUAUUGUUCGUUUGGAAACGUUUUUCAACGGCUUUCCAUGGCAAACACCACUAAACCCAUGGUCCGAAAAGCUUUUGUUCUACCACAUGCUUCUGAAGCUAUUGACUUUUGGAAUUAUCGUGACAUUGUCGCAGGAGAUGAAGCAGAGCAAGAACGUCAAGAACGAGCCAACCGCAUUGCUAUGGCACGGAUUGCUGCAAGCAAAAGCUCUGCACCAGAAUAUCACCAGGCUAUUCUUCGGAACCUCACUAGCCAUGUACAACGACUAGAUCAAUUGUCAGAAUGGUGAGCCUCACCUUUUGGUUGUCUUGGAAAAAUAUUGAUUUCUAGCUAAACGCCUUAAAAGAAAAACCUUUUUUUUAUUUUUCAGAUAAAUUUUGAGAUUCCGUCUUCAACAUCCGGCCCUGUUUGUUACAGCUUAGACUAUACAUGUCGCUACCUGUUCGGAAUCUGUACAUUAAUGAAACUUUUAGAAAUUUUAUUUUAUGAUAAAUUUCAUUCUUUACAUUAAAAGUUUAUGAAAGCUGUGCUCCUCAACUUCUAGGCACUUCUCUAUCAUAAUGAAUUAAUAUGCAUAACUGACGAUCCCAUAAGACGUGACAGGACAAGCAAAACUAGUGUUUUGUGCAGACAGUGUCAAUGAACUCUGCCAAUUUGAUAUCCUUUUCUGUCAAGCCUUUUGUCGUGUGUGUGGUCAGUGUAAUAUCUACCUUGUUGAAUACAUUGCUCCAUUCUGGGUGGUGGUUCAUUUGUUGAGCUCGCAAGGCCACACAGGUCAUGAAGCCAAAAGCCUCAAUGAAAUUUUUGAAUUGAAACGUCCUUUGAAGUUUCGUACUUUCCGCUAGUAAAUUCCAGGCGUUUUGAGGACGCGAAACAAGAGCAGCAAUACGAGGAGUCAAACUCAUAAUGAAAAGCAAAAUAAAACCUAUUGGUAUACCUUGCUAGGGAUAUGCAAAGGACAAAAGACCUGACAUUCCCUUACGUUCGACAAUAAUGACUAUGUGACGACAACUCCCCGAGCUACAGCCUAUCCAGGCUAGGCUUGCUGACGGAAAAUACAUAACAAGCGAAUUCUUAAUCAUCCUCGAUGUCAUCUUGAUUCUUGGCUUUGAUUCUAAUGCUUUUUCUUUCUUUUUUUUUUCUUUUUUUUUUUUGUUU